UAGUUAUGUCCCUUGCUGUCGUGCCAGCGACAUCUUACGCGCAUUGAUUACCACGUCAUAUUAUUACUAGUCUAGAUAGAAUCUAGAUAUCUAUAAGAUGUAGAUCUUGAACUAAAUCAAAAGACUAACCCAGCACUGGAGUCUAUUGGACUAGAUUAAGGGUGUAUCUAGAUCUAUUGAAGUUUUAAACAUACCAUACAUACUGGAUAAAAUGGCACAGCAAUAAUAUCUAAAAAUAUUGAAAGACUUGUCUUAAUUGUAAUCUUAAAGAUGGCUCUUACCAACGGUAUCUACAUUGUACAAGGUGAGAUUUCAUUACUCAUAACAGCUAUGAGAAGAACAUCUCGCUAUAGUACUCAUGGUCGACAUGUGCGACAUCAAGAAGAUGAAGGAGACUGUUUGCAAAGCUCCUUUUUUCAACUUAAAGAGCUUCUUAACAAUAUUACUGAAUUAAAUGACAUUGAGCCAAAUGCUUUUUUAAGCCCAUUUCUUGAAGUUAUACGAUCAGAGGAUACCACAGGACCUAUCACUGGAUUGGCACUCACUUCAGUCAAUAAGUUUUUAACAUAUGGAUUGAUUGAUCCCUCAUGUGAGAUGGCUGCUCCUGCAAUAGAAAAUAUAGCUGAUGCUGUCACUCAUGCAAGAUUUGUUGGAACCGAUCCCUCAUCAGAUGAAGUCAUUCUCAUGAAGAUACUUUAUGUAUUGCGGACCUUGCUUCUUUGUAAAGCUGGUGUGCUGCUUACAAAUGAGUCUGUGUGUGAAAUAAUGCAAUCUUGUUUUAGAAUUUGCUUUGAAAUGAAACUCAGUGAGUUGUUGAGGAAAUCUGCUGAAAACACGCUCAGAGAUAUGGUACACCUACUCUUCACAAGACUGCCAUGUUUUAAAGAAGAUCCAAAGUGGAUUACAAACAUAAAUAAAAAAUUGAAGAUGAGAACUGGUGGUGUUGACCCUGCCCGAAUGGGGAAAAGAAAAAAAUCCCCAAAAGCAAAAACAAAGCGUACUCAUGGCUCAACCCAACCCACACAGGAGACAGUGCAUUCACAACCAACCAUAACAGAAACUUCAGAAGUCAUUGAAUUCAAAUCAUCUAAUAAUGAAUCUCAAGGAGAAGUUGAACACAUAGUAACAGAAUGUCUUGCUACUACACCUGGCUGUGGUCCUGAAGAUAGAGUUAUAGACAUCACCAAAACAUUUGAGGUAGCUACAGCCAAAGAUGAAGCAUCAAUGGAAAGCUCAGUAUCAGUAAUUGUUAAUGAAGAGACUGCUGCUGAAGCCUUACGAAACAAUGAUCAAAAAGAACACAUUAGUGAACCCUACACAUUUGUAGGUCAGCAAUCACCCAGUUCUACAGCCCUGUGUGUUGAUCCAUCAUUACUAAGAAAAGCUCAAAGUGAGACUGACUUGUAUCUAGAAGAACAGAUCAUAGAGAAUGAAGCUUGUGAUGAUAAUGAAUCAGUUCAUUCAGCUGAUACAACUUCUACUCAAGAAAGUGAAUUUGUGAACCCCAAAGGAGUUCGGUUUCUCCAGAACCAACAACAACAAGUUGUUGAAGUUGGUCCAGUGUCUCUAAUUCCAUAUGGUCUACCUUGUGUCCGUGAGCUAUUCAGGUUUCUUGUAUCUCUCACCAAUCCACUGGAUCGCCAUAACACAGAUGUCAUGAUACACAUGGGUUUGAGCCUUCUCAUUGUUGCCCUGGAAACAGCAGCUGAUCAUAUUAGCUGUUACAAUUCCCUGUUGUACUUGGUUAAGGAUGAGCUGAGUCGCAAUCUGUCUAUGCUCUUACAGUCAGAAAGAUUAACACUAUUUGCUGCCUCAUUGCGACUGAGCUUCCUCUUGUUUGAAUCUAUGAGAUCACACUUGAAAUUCCAACUAGAGAAUUAUUUAAUCAGAGUGAGUGAGUUGAUUAUAUCAGACAGCUUAAAGAUAACCUAUGACCAUAGAGAAAUAGCACUGGACUUACUUGUUCAGAUGUGGAGAAUACCUGGGCUUGUCACUGAAUUAUACUUAAACUAUGAUUGUGAUCUGUACUGUUCCAACUUGUUUGAUGACAUGACCAAACUUUUAUCUAAGAAUGCAUUCCCAGUAUCUGGUUUGUUUACAAUUCAUCUAUUGUCAUUGGAUGCUUUGCUAACUGUGAUUGACUCCAUUGAACAACAUUGUCAAACUCGUACACUUGCUAAAUCAGUGGCCACCAGUGCUGAUGGCAAUGGUAGUGGAAAGUUAAACUGUGACAAAAUUGAACAAAAUGAUACUUCUAAUAAAGCCAUCAAGGGGAAGGAUACCAAGAAAGGUCCAUUUAUAAAACCUAACAGAAUGGCUAAAGUAUCCAGCAAGAUUCCAACACAUGCAGAACUUAUGGAACUCAAGCAUAAAAAGAAGAUUUAUCAGAUGGGCACUGAACAGUUUAACAUUAAACCAUCUAAAGGCUUGCAGUACCUACAAGAGCAAGGUUUAUUAUCAAAACCUUUAAAUCCAACAGAGGUGGUGGCAUUUUUUAGAGAGAAUCACAGACUUGACAAGAAACAAAUUGGAGAAUACAUUAGCGACAAGAAAAACAAACAAGUGUUGGAAGCCUUUGUACAAUCAUUCAACUUUGAAGACACUCGUGUUGAUGAAGCACUUCGCAUGUACCUUGAAUCUUUUCGUAUGCCAGGAGAGGCACCAGUUAUUGCCUGGUUGAUGGAACACUUUGCUGAGCAUUGGCAUAAAAGUAAUGGUGAGCCAUUUCAUAAUGUGGAUGCAGCCUUCACCUUGACCUAUGCUGUGAUCAUGUUAAAUGUUGACCAACACAACCACAAUGCUAAGAAACAGAAUGUGCCAAUGACAAGUGAGGAUUUCAAAAGAAACCUAACAAAAGUAAAUGGUGGUAAAGAUUUUGAUCAAGAUAUGCUUCAUGACAUUUUCCAAGCAAUAAGGAAUGAAGAAAUAGUCAUGCCUGCUGAACACAGUGGCCUUGUUAAGGAAAACUAUCUUUGGAAACUUCUAUUGCACAGAGGCUCUUCCAAAGAGAGUGUAUUUUUCCAUGCCCCUACUGGUGCAUUUGAUCAUGAACUCUUCACACUUAUCUGGGGCCCAACAGUAGCUGCUCUGUCAUUUGUGUUUGACAAGAGCUCAGAUGAGGCUAUUGUACAGAAAGCUACCUCUGGUUUCAGGAAAUGUGCCAUGAUUUCAGCUCAUUUUGGUAUGAGUGAUGUUUUUGACAACUUGGUUAUCUCUCUCUGCAAAUUUACAACACUACUUAGUGCUGUGGAGAGCCCUGAUACCAUACCAGUGUCAUUUGGUAAUAAUUUCAAAGCUCAGCUAGCAGCACGAACUGUUUUUGGUUUGGCACAUCGACAUGGAGACAUUCUACGAGAGGGCUGGAAAAAUAUAUUAGAUUGCAUGCUGCAGCUGUUUAGAGCUAAGUUAUUACCUAAAACUAUGGUGGAGGUGGAAGACUUUGUGGAUACAUCAGGGAAAAUAUCAAUUAUUAGAGAAGAAUCUACAGCCAUGACAAGGUCAGAUACCGGAGUACUCAGUAGUUUUGUGUCCUACUUUACACUCUCUGAAUCUGCUAGUACUAAAAGUCCUAGUGUUGAAGACUUGGAAGCCAGCAAAACUGCUGCUGCUUGUAUCAAAGAUUGCCAACUAGAUCAACUCAUCAUAGACAGUAAAUUUUUGAGAGAAGAUUCUCUCCAGGAACUGGUCAAAUCACUAGUUUCCAUCCGACAAGGAACAGAAGACCAAGGAAGUAUGAAUGGUCUUUACGAUGAAGACGCUUGUGUUUUCUUCCUUGAAAUUCUCGUCAGAGUUGUUUUACAAAACAGAGAUCGCAUUGUUCCUGUUUGGCAAGCAGUGAGAGAUCAUUUCUAUAACGUCAUCGUAAAUAGUAACUCUCAUUCAUUCCUUGUAGAGAGGGCUGUGGUGGGUCUGUUAAGAAUAUCUAUUAGGUUAUUGCGCAGAGAAGAAAUAGCAUCCCAAGUUUUGACUUCUCUCAGAAUUUUGCUUAUGAUGAAACCCAAUGUUAUACAAAGUUUGUGCCGACAGAUCUCCUAUGGAUUGCAAGACUUAUUGAAAACAAAUGCAGCAAAUAUUCACACAAGUCGAGAUUGGUAUACAUUGUUCACAUUGUUAGAAGUAGCUGGUGCUGGGGCAAACUUACCACCAGUCAUGCAAGUAUGUGCUGAUGUGGAUCUUACAGAAGUCAUCAAUGAUGCAGGUGCUCAGAGUGACAGUGAAGUUCAAAGUUUAAGUGGCAUAUCUGAAGCCAGUGACAGGGGCUAUACAUCAGACAGUGAAUUGUAUGAAGGUCAGAGUCGCCAUGGAAACCAGAAACACCCUUCAAGUCUUAACCAUCCUUUGGGCUUGGAGUUGAGACCUGUACCAGAUAAUGGCAGCUGGAUGAUGGUAAACAGAGAAGAUGUCCAUAGUCCUAGGAUGCCUGUUAACCAGUACAGUAUUGACCUGAAUGAAAAUCUUCUAUAUCCAGAUAGUAAGUCACUCCUUAAGUCUGCCGAGACCCUCACCUUCCUAGUUCGGGAUGCUGCACAUGUAACUCCCCAUAACUUUGAAAGCUGUGUCCACUGUAUACGGACAUUUGUUGAAGCUGGAGUAAAUGGAGGAAAGACUCGUACACCUCCUCCUCGAAAUAAUACUAUGAGAGACAACAAACAAGCCAGGAGGAAAGUAAAAAAAGUUACAUCCAAAAUUGGCAAAUCUUUGUCAACCCCAGAACAAUUGCAUGAUGGUCUACCAUCAGAUGAGGACCCAGAUGGAGAAGCCACUCAAAGCAGCCUACAGUUGCUGUCUAUACAACUUCUGGACUUAAUGCAUACUCUACACACUCGAGCAGCUUCUAUCUUCAGUGCUUGGGCACAGGAACAGCAGCAGAUGGAUGAAGGAGGGGCACAUCCUGCCAUCAAUAGCAGCAGCAGUAACAGUGGAAUGGUCAGAGUGAACAGUCAAGGAGUCAUUGUGGACGCCAAAGCCCCUACUUUGUGGGGAAAGUGUUGGUGUCCUUUAUUACAGGGCAUUGCCAGGUUGUGUUGUGAUGCUAGACGUCAAGUAAGAAGUCAAGCAUUAACCUAUUUACAGAGAGCUCUUCUAGUCCAUGAUCUACAGACGCUGAGUGCCAUAGAAUGGGAGUCCUGUUUUAAUAAGGUUUUAUUUCCUUUGUUAAACAAACUGCUUGAAAAUAUCAACUUAGCUGAUCCUAGUGGCAUGGAAGAGACACGAAUGAGGGCUUCCACGCUUCUUUGCAAGGUGUUCCUACAACAUUUGAGUCCUUUGUUGUCCUUAGCAACAUUUACAGCUCUAUGGUUGACCAUAUUAGACUUUAUGGAGAAAUAUAUGAGUGCUGACCGUAGUGACUUAUUAUCAGAGGCAAUUCCUGAGAGUUUAAAAAAUAUGCUGCUAGUGAUGGACACUGCAGGGAUAUUUCAGACAGCUGAUGGCACGGAGUCUCAAUUAUGGCAGCUGACUUGGGAUAAAAUAGAUACAUUUUUGCCCAAACUUCAUAAUGAAGUCUUUAAACCAUUUGAACCAGAACCAAAGCCAGGUAAGAUGGAAAGGAAUGAGACUCAGACAGAAUCUCAGCAUUCAACUCCAGCACUUCCAGUUCAAGAGCAUCUACCUACCGUCUAUCCUCCCGCUGCUUCAACAGACAGUAACCCAACAGUACAAGCUACAGACUAUGUAACAAUACCUUUAGAGGGAAUUACAAUACCUGUUGAUGAUCGUCCAAGCAGCCCGUUGAUGAAUCAACCAGCUCCUACAGCAACAUCUUCCUACAUUCUCCAUCCUCCUUUACCACACAUUCCAUCAACAACUGGACCUACAGAUUAAAUGCAUAGAAGAAAUAACCAAAGCAAGGCAUUGUUUAAAUAGUUAAGCAUUGGCUUAUAAACAGAUCUUAUUCAUAUUUAUGCAGUAUAUACAUAGAUAUAUUUAAACACAUAAAUAUACACAUUUGAAGAAUUGUUUGGCAUUCCUGUCAAUACUAGAAUCAAUAAUGUAAUUCCAUUUUGUUGCUCAGACACAUUUAGACUUGGAUUAAUGAAAGCUUGAGUUGUGCAGCAAAGAGAAGGUUAUCCUGGAUUAUUUCAACAAUAGUCUUAUUGGGAUAAACUCUUGAAUGCAUGUUAACUUGUUUAUAUAUUUGUAUACUGGUAUUAUUUAAUGAGUAAUAAAUGUUUUGCUAAACCCUUCUAAAAAUAAAUUUUUAAUUAUUUGAUAUAUCAUGAAAAAAAAUGUGACAUUUAUUAGAAAUGUAAAGAAUGUAAUGUGUACAAAACUAGGAUUCAUGGGAGCUCUCAUUAUGAAUCAAAUUAAUCAAAAUGUUCAUACUUAACAUUUCAAGUUAUUAUUUUGUUGUUGCAGAGUGUUUCCCUUGUAUGUGUGUGUGUACACUAUUCAUCUAGAACAAUACCUAAAACUUUUCUGUGGCAUUUUACAUCCAGAGAGAGAAUGUUUUCCCUUUGCAACUUCAUGUGUGACUAGAGGCCAAUCCUUCAUACACAGCAGCGGUCACUUUGCACAUUGUUUUUAUUGCCAUCUCUUACUAUUCACAUUACUAGAACUCAUUCAGAAUCUAAUGGAAAUUUUAAACAGUUUUCAAUCUUUUUGUGAGGGGUUUGUCUACUACAUCGUUAAAUAAUAUUUCUUUGUCUGUUGAUCUUGGAGUUCAGAAUGUCUAUAAACUUUAGUUACAUCUUUUAUGUGGAUGAUUUUUUGGGUGAUCCUUAUUUUUAUUUUUUUUAGUGCUAAUACUACUACCUAGUACAUUGACAGUCCUUUGUUGUUUGUUUUUUAUAGCUGUGCUACAUUCAAUUUGUCAAUGCUUAUGCAAGUAAACCAUUUCAUAAAGUGGCAACCUUACUAUGAUCACUGUGUUUGCAUAAUCAGUAAGGCUUGUCUUAGAAAGAUUAUGUAUCAGUUUUAUCUGUGAAAUGUUUAUUCAGAAGUCAGUACACUAUUAGUAUGGCUUGUCUUAGACAGAUUAUGUAUUAGAUUUAUUGGAAGAAACAAACUCUGUAGGUUUAUUAUAAAGCCGCUUUGUUUAUUAUGAUGUUCAGGUAGUAUGUACAUAAUGUUCAUUUAUAUAACAGACAUUCUUCAAUGAAGGUCUCAGAACUGUGAUACAAUGAAAUAAGCAGACAUGUACAAUAGUAUAACUUAGCAUCAUUUUUUUUUUUAGAAGGGUUUUUCAAAGAACUAGAUUGCUUGUACAUUUGGGCUUUGGGUAAAGUUAUGAUUUGUUAAAUUUGUUUCUGUUGUGGCAAUGUGAGCAUCUAUUUAUUUCUUUUUUUUCUUUGUUUCACUAAUUUGAAAUGAGCAACAUAUGUUCUCACUACUAGUGAAAUAAAAUACAAUUUAAUUAACAAGUGUGUAAUGAUUUCAAAGUGAUAAUAAAGAGUAUUAUAUCGCCUGUUUGCUAAAUGAGCAAAGGUUUAUCAACCUAUAAUCACUUUUAGUUGACAAGAAAUACAAGUUUCUUGGUAACAUUUCAGAUAUGCCUUGUUAUAAAUAGUUUGUCAACUAAUUCAUUUGAGCCACUAUUUUCUAUUGUUAUUUUGUAUUGCUGGAUAGAAUGUGACAACAGAAAUAUGCAAUUGUUUUGUUCACUAUUGUUUUGACCAAAAUUCAACUCAUGUUCUAUGAUAGUAGAGUGUGUUACUGUAGAUAUGCCAAUUUUUUGAAUGUUGUGACCUUAAGUGCUCUGGUCCUUUUUUUUUUUUUUUUGUUUUACUUUUGCUACAACUUCUAGUCUGUUCAGAGCAUUACAUUUAACUGGGUGUACACCUCACAUACUGAACUAUUUAUCCAUUAGUUCAAGAGACCAAGAAUGACAAUCAUUGUUCUGUAACAUACUUUUCAGAAAAGCUUUAGUUCUCUUGGCUGCUUUACUUUCAUUUGGUUAGGUUCCAAAUUUAAACUACAUCCACAUUUUUUCAAAUUCAUACAUUGAAACAAAUUCUUGGAGAUAUGUGUUUGACAAAAGUGUGGAUGUGUGAGCCACAUAUAUUGUUUUCUAUUGUGUUGUUCCAAGUGAAUAUCAUGUUUGUACUCUAUUGGGCUCUUAAGACAGAUGCUCAAGUGAUACUUUGUAUUUAUAUUUAAUCUGGUGUCAACAAUGUACUGCAGUGUUGAUGCAUGUUUCAGUUGGAUUAAAGAUCAGUUAUAGCUCAA